UCUCUAAUUUCCAACAUGGUAUCAGAGCCUUAUUUCUCGGAUGCGCAGAUUUUAUGAAGGAGCAAGAUCAGAAGAUGAGGCUUCGUGGCCUCGACGCCCAGAAAUCCAACAUCGCCGCUGGCGUCGCCGAAUCUCGUAUCCUACGCACUCCGCUUGGCCCUAAGGACAUGGACAAGAUGAAGCAGAGCCCUGCCGGCGACCUCAUCAUCACAAACGAUGGGGCAACAUUCUUGGAACACAUGCACGUGGACAAUCAGAUUGCAAAGGUGAUGGUGGCUAAUCAUCCAGAUGCAGGAGGUAGCGAUUACUUAGCUUCGAAGAUUAACGAAGACAAGGACAUUAUGCUUGGAAAGACCAAAGGCGGAGGCUCUGCCUUCUAACUCAUUGUUAUGUAUCAUUGCUUAAAUUUUGGAGAAUCAUGGUGAGAUGUGCACCAUGGAGAGAUUGGACAAAUAUUUGUGGAGAGAUGUGCUCCUUUAAGAGAAUGUUGGUGAUUAUGUGCAUCAACAAGAUUGAGAUGAGAAGUGCAUCACAAAGUGGAGAGAAGUGCUCUAUGAAGAUUCAAGAGGAAUGACAAGAAAUUUUGAAUCAAGGGGGAAUGUUGAAUAACUGAUUCAAAAUUUGUUAUUAGGUUGUUAUUUUGUUAGUGGAGUUGUUGCUAAUUAGUUUAGAUUUUUAUGGGAUUAAG